GACGGUUAGGCGGCGAGGAAGGGGUUUCAGUUGCGGUCGAUCCGAUAGAUCAUAGAAGCUGCCAUCUGCCUUCGCUGUCCGUCUCUCCUUGCCCCCUCCCUGACGUCGUGUCGUCGUGUCCCUCCUGCCUAUCGAGAUAAUCUCCACUAGGCAGUAGAAUCGCGCCAAUGUCUCAUUUUUCUUGUCCUCCGUAAGAAGGUCAUCUCAAUCAUGUUUCCGCGCUCCUCUCUUCCGCCAGCUCUUGCGGGCUGUGCCAGCUGGCGCCACACACCCCGACGACGAAUUAAUGACACCAGCAGAGCAGCUGUUGGGGCAGCAGCGUCUUGUUCGCCAAGCUGCGUUCCAAGAACGGGUUUCAAUUCAAUUCAAUCAACGCGGCUCUUUUGAAAGGGGCCCCGAUGGUGGCAGAUUUUAACAAUGGCAGGAGCGAAGCUCGAUUCGACCGAGCAAUCGUCCUUUUGAGCCUAGUAUAACUGCACCUUCAAAAUGCUUUGGAAUUCGCUUCGGCCGAACGGCACAGUACUGGCACAGUACUUCUGACCUAGUAAUAGGCUCGCUCCGGCCGAACGCGACAGUACGUCAGACGCAAAACCAGGCGUUGCCCUUCCCUGGCAGUGAGUGUCCUGGGGGACACAUGCUGCGAUGACACGGUACUGUAGGACCGAGCUGUUAGUGGGCGACGGAUCUGUUGCGAGAUCGGGCCCGUAUCUGCCUCGCUGCAAGCUGUCGUCGUGAUGACUUGGCGCUUUACACGGCCAUAGAGUUUAACGCGUGACGACGGCGACGUCGAUCACAAGUAGCACUAAUACUGCAAGUACUACAGUACCACAAGUAGUACAGUAGCUACAGUAGCCAGCAUAUUGGGAAGGCAAAGGGAUCACCACU